AUGGGCGAGUCGUUUGAUAUCCAGAACCUACUCCAGACGGGGUACUUCACAACUUCUCGGGCCAAAAGCCCAAAGCCUCCACCAUCGCAGAUUGAGGAUCGUCCUUCUUCUCAGCCUCCAGCCCAGCAGCAACCGUACCAACUACCUUAUUACCCAUUAAUACCACGACCGAAGUCUGCAGUCCCAGCACGAGUUCCAAAAGUUCGACCACCGCCACCCUCUGUCGAAGAUGAAGAAGUUUCACUCAAGCGAGAACAUGGAGCAUCCAUCUCCACGAACCAGGAGGAAGAGACCCCGUCACGUGGGGAAGCUGAACAAAAUCCGGUGAUUAUGGAGGUACAUGAAUAUAACCCCGAGCGACGGUUUGUUAUUUUGACAGGCUCUUCAAGUGGUUCAGAAGGAGGAGAAACCGACAGGAAGAGCGGGCCAGACAGAAGAAGUGAGCCUGAGAGAAAGGCAGAGGGACAUAGGCGCACCGAAUCUGGCAAAAAAUCUGAGCCAGAAAGGAAGAAUGAAUUAGAGUCAAAGCCUCCGCGAGUUGAGCGCUUUGAGAGACCUGAACGAAGUGAGCGCGCUGAGCGACAGGAAAGACCAGAAAGAGUUGAGCGAUUGGAAAAACCAGAGAGAUCAGAAAGAAACGAAAGGGUUGACCGGCAGGAUAGACCCGAAAGAAGUGAACGAAUAGAGCGAAACGAUAGGCCUGAACGCAUCGAGAGGGCCGAACGACAGGAGAGGCCGAUGAGCGACACCUAUACAGACGCAAGAUCCAGCCGAAGAUAUGAUGCCAGCCUGAAAGCCAAUGCAUCAACAACUAGGGAGCGCAGCAGACCGCCCCUAGAGAAACGACGCAGCAGACAAGAUUUACCUCGACUGGAAACUGAGUUUCGAGAUGAUCAGUUGCCCGAGAAAUACCGUACCCGUCCUUCAGUGUCCGCAAGCAGCCGUUAUGAACAGCCUCCUGCCCGGCCACCCAAAAUCCCAGUUGAUCCCCUGCUUGCGCCUGAAAUUAUUAAGAGCAGCGCCAGCGGCCGCGAUCAAGCGUACUAUGGACAGUCCCAAAGUGCUGCUCGCAGGUCACCUACCCGGCCCAACAAUGUGUCCAGCAUGCCGGGCGAACGACGGUAUGAAAGCAGCCAUACCCGAAACUCUUCAACUGCAUCCACGACGAAACGUACAACUGUCGAGUCUGAGAAGUCGACGCGACCUUUGUCCAAGGAGAGAGUUGGUGAGGCCCCCACUCGCCCGCUCUCAAAAGAACGGGCUGAUGAGAAACCCUCUCGUCCUUUGUCGAAGGAGGGUCGCCCUUUAUCGAAGGAGGGCCGUCCUUUAUCUAAAGAAGGACCCAAAGUCGAGUCCCCUUACAGGAGUGAGUACGCAUCGAGAAGUAGCAGGAAGGAAAACUCUCCUCCUUAUUCAAGACCAGAACGUGAGGAUUAUGGUCGAGCCUCAACAUUCCCUUCUCGUGAGCCUGUGCGAGAAUCGACAACUCGACGUGACGACCGCCGUGAUGGCCGUGAUGAUCGUGGGGAUGAUAGUCGCUCCGGCGAUGACCAUCCCAAGGGCCCGCGCGAACUUCAUCCUAGGCGUAAGAAGUCUGUUGUUCUGUCGGAUGAAAGAGAUUCUCAACCAAAGUUGGAGAAGGUCGAUGCACCUAGCGGUCCCAGGGAGAAGAUUCGUGGACCUACGAUCCCUGUCCCUAUCCCUAUUCCCAUCCCUAUUCCCAAUGGAUCAACUCCAUCAUCAGAAGUCCCUCCAAGCAUAAGGCCCGCCUCAACAUUCCCAAUAACCAGGGAUCACCAUCCUCUUCCCGAAAGGCCAAAAUCGGAACUUCCUUAUCCUAUGGACGAUGAUCCUUUGGUUGACCCCUUUGACGUUCGGGGCAACGCGGAAAGGAUUGGUAGGUCACAAUCUCGAUAUGACGGCGAUUCUGUCGUCUCGAUGCCUAGCAUGCCAGCUCCUAUUCCUAGUGGCCCUGGAACAUCACUCGACUCUAGGCCUGCGUCGGCUUUUCCAUCAACCAACCGUCCUCCGCCUUCUGCACAAUCUUGGCAACCACCGGCCUUUGAUCCCAUUCGAGACGGCGUUCGCCUCGAGAAACCAGUAGGAUCCGUUCGGCGUCACUCGGAACAUCAGGAAGCGACAGGUGUUACCACGUUUCCCGAAUGCCGCCGCAAGCAUCCCGUAGCAGGUUUAGUGGACUGGCUCACGCUACCUCGUACAGAUUUUAAUAUUUGUCCAGACUGCUAUGGCUCUGUCUUUGCAAAGACGCAGUAUCGAAACCCAUUCCAGCCCAUGCUUCGUCCCACAUCCCAGCCGAUUUCAUGUGAUUUUGGUGUUGGGCCGUGGUAUCGUAUCGCAUGGCUUCUUACUUUAAAGAACGAGCUGCCUGAUCUGCGACUCUUUCACGACGUUGCCAACGCCAUCACUGCCACCAAGAGUCUCCCUUGCCCGGGUGAUAGAGUCACCGCGCGCAACUGGCAAACACUCUGGAAUCCAUACACACGACAACCUGUCUACGAUUUCACAGUGUGUCCUCAGUGUGUCAAGACAAUUCAUGCGCUAUUUCCUAAUCUUACAGGCAUCUUCAUUCCUGUCGACUCCCGUUCAGAGCCAACUAGAGGGCUCUGCGCAUUGCGCUUCAAGCCGAAACGGAAACGAUUCGUCAUGUACUUUGACGCUUUGGAAACAACGUCGGAUCAAGCACGACGGGAGCAAGAAGAGCCAGACCUCAAUACUCUUGCACAAGACAUCGAAAAGAUGGCUGCAGUGAGUGAGUGUCAGGAAGACAAGCCCAUGGUCAACGGGCAUUGGCACAUCAUGCAGUUCCUCCAGCAGUUUACUGUUUGUGGCGAAUGCUUUGAUGAGGUGGUUCGGCCCUCGAUCAAGGAUGACAACGUCAUUGCUCGCAAUUUCUACAUGAAGCCGCAAAAGCUGCCACUUGCAACGUGCCAGCUCUACUCUAAUCGAAUGAGAGAUAUUUUCAAGAAGGCUUGUCGAUGGAAUGAUCCCAAGUACUUGGAGGCUAAGGUACUUGAACGGUUGGAUGUCGAGGCCAUGAUCCACGAUAAGCUGGCCAGGCUGGAGAGAUCAUCUGAAGAUGAGAAUUGGGUUGAAGAGCAAGUGGAUAAGUACAUUCAGGAAUGGAAGAGGUGCAGCAGCAGUGCUAUUAGCACAGUUUUCCACGUCACGUGUGCAUACGUUGGCGGAUCGUCGACCCCACCUGGUGGGUCGGUUAGGGUCUCCUCAUCCCACCAAAGUGCGGUUUCUGCAAAAUUGCCCAAGGUGAAAUUUCGCGAGCCUUGCAACCUCCCACUCCUCAGCAAAUUUCGACGCCGCACGACGCCCGAGGUCCAAGUCUCAACCUUCACAAUGGCUUCCAGACCUACCGUCACUAUUCUCGGCAAAGAUGGUGCUCCCACUGGAGCUACCCACGCCAUUCCUGCUGUCUUCACCAGCCCGAUCCGACCGGACAUUGUCCAGCAGGUUCACACCGGCAUGGCCAAGAACAAGCGUCAGCCCUACUCCGUGAGCGAGAAGGCUGGUCACCAGACCUCUGCUGAGUCUUGGGGUACCGGUCGUGCUGUUGCUCGUAUUCCUAGGGUUUCUGGUGGCGGUACUCACCGCGCUGGUCAAGCUGCCUUCGGUAACAUGUGUCGUUCCGGUCGUAUGUUCGCCCCUACAAAAAUUUGGAGAAAGUGGCACGUCCGAGUCUCGGUCGGACAAAAGCGAUACGCCGUUUGCUCUGCCCUCGCUGCCUCCGCGGCCGUUCCUCUGCUCCAGGCCCGUGGACACCAGGUCAACUCCGUCCCCGAGGUUCCUCUGGUCAUCGACUCCGCUGUUUUCGAGGCUGCUGCCAUUGCCAAGACCUCCGCUGCUCUCGGUCUCCUGAAGGCUGUUGGUGCCGCUGAGGACGUCAGCAAGGUCAAGAACUCCAAGAAGCUCCGUGCUGGUAAGGGCAAGCUCCGUGGCCGCCGCCACCGCCAGCGACGUGGCCCUCUUGUCAUCUACUCCCCCGAGACUGAUGGCAAGGAGCUUAUCACCGCUUUCCGCAACAUCACUGGUGUCGAGACCUGCCCCGUCACCGCUCUCAACCUCCUCCAGCUCGCUCCUGGUGGUCACCUUGGUCGAUUCAUCGUUUGGACCUCCGGUGCUUUCAAGGCUCUUGACAGCAUCUACGGUUCCACCACUGAGGCUUCCACCCACAAGCGUGACUUCCUCCUUCCUUCCAACGUUGUCUCUCAGGCCGAUCUUACUCGCCUGAUCAACAGCUCUGAAAUCCAGAGCUCCAUCAACGCUCCCAAGGGAGAUGCUAUCACUCGCCGAUCUGCUGUCCAGAAGAAGAACCCUCUCAAGAACAAGCAGGUCAUGCUUCGCCUGAACCCCUACGCCACUGUCUUCGCUCAGGAGGCUCAGAAGAAGCAGAACUAA